CUGAUUCAUCUACUUGUGGUCUUUCUCAAAAUGUGAAAACAAAUUCUUUGAGAACUAAGUUUUACAUGAAGAAACAAAAGGAAGAUUCUGGAAGUUUAGGUGUUAAAUCUGAGUUGGAUAGAUAUCUUCUUGAAGACCAAGAGCCUGAAUCUGAGGAUUUUGAUAUUUUGAUUUGGUGGAAAGUUAAUUCUCCUAGAUUUCCUGUACUUUCACAGCUGGCUCGCGAUGUAUUGGCUAUUCCUAUGUCGAGUGUGGCAUCGGAAUGUGCAUUUAGCACCGGUGGUCGUAUUCUUGAUCCCUUUAGAAGUUCAUUGACUCCCAAAUGUGUGCAAUGCCUUAUUUGUGUCCAAGAUUGGCUUAGACAAGAAACUAAGCCUAUUUGUGUUGAAGAAAGUUUGGAGUUUCUUGAAAAAAUUGAACUUGAGAUGGCAAAUAGUGGAAGAAGCUCUUCCAUUGUUGAUCUAUGAUUGGCUUGCAAGUGGU